AUGUCAAAGACUAAGAAGCAGAAGCAGAAGGCUCAAGAUUUCCAGAAGAAGAAACUCAAAGUUGGUAAACCCAAGGCUAAAGCUAGUAAUGUUACUGAUACUUCAUUUGUAUCUCGAACGAUUUCAGUGAAGAAUCAGCAUUUGGGUGAACACGAUGAUGAUUUGACCAAACGACUAUCACUUUUGAAGCACCAUAACUCAACGGUCAGGAAAGAAACCUUACAAACAUUUCAAAAGAUGAUACCAACUAUUAUAAAUACAAGGAUGAUGACUCCACUUUUAACCCAAUGUAUCCCACUGAUGUGUGAUGAAAGUAGACAGGUACGAAGUACACUAAUGGAUCUCUUCAAUGAAGUUGGCCAGCAUAACGAUCAGGUGCUAAAGCUUCUUUGUAAAAUGCUAGUUCUUUAUGUGAAUAUGGCAAUGACACACAUUACUUCCGCGAUCCAAGCUGAUUCUGCUAAAUUUCUUUCAUGCUUGCUAAAGUACUGUGGUGAUGAGAUCUGUAGGCAGGCAUUUGUCAAACUGCUUACAGGAUUGUUCUCGCUACUGGGUUGGAAUCAGACCAAAUCUCAAAGUGCUAGGAAGCUCAAUGCUAAGCAGACAGCUGCCUAUAUGGAUACACUAUAUGAACUUAUUAGACAAGGCUGUCAAGAGUCAGUACAGGCAGAUACAGACACUGAGUUGCGAAGUUCGACAAACCAGCACUUAAUUCCGGAUUAUCCACAACCUUAUGAGUAUUUGAAACUAUUCACCAGGCAGUUGCAAACCAAAGAUAGCCCGUCCACUAUGGUAGACCUAUCUACUCAAGAUUUAGGCGCUCGUCAACGUGUGUUGAAGGAGCAAAAUCUGCCCAUUAUUCACAGGCAACUAGACAUAUAUAUCAAAGAAGGUGGUGAAACCGGUAAGAGUGCCAAUAGCUUGAAGAAAUUGCUAGAGGAUUUACAAUAA